AAAUAGCAUGCAUUUUGUCUACCCCUGAUAGCUCUUCCAUGAAAAAGGAGCAGCGUUGGAAUCAAGCAUGCCAAGCAAUCAUGGAAGUAGCCGACCUUGCUUCUAGAUAUGACGACGACGGCAUAGACGUUUAUUUCCUCAAUAACAAACGCGUGGGCAAAGAGUUGAGAUCGUCGGAGGAUGUCGAAGGAUUGUUUGCGGGAUUAGGACCCCGAGGAAUCACACCAACUGGUAUGAGACUAGAAGCUAUCCUUAGAGACUACAUGUCUCGUCUUGAAGCAUCCCAACAUACAGGAGAGGAAGUCAAGCCGAUGAAUCUCAUCGUAGUCACAGACGGGGCUCCCACUGAUGAUCCGGAAAGCGUGAUCGUCGCUAUUGCCCGUCGUCUUGACCGCGGCCAAUAUCCCCUUUCCCAAGUCGGCAUCCAAUUCCUCCAGAUCGGCAACGAUCCAGAAGCGCGUGAGGCAUUGCAGGAACUUGACGAUGAACUCAGUUCGGAGCACGGCAUAAGAGACAUGGUGGAUACCGUUCUUUUCAAUGGGGAAGAUAUGAGUGCCGGGUUGAUUAUCAAGACAUUGCUCGGUGGAAUAAAUAGGAGGCUGGAUAGAAGAAGUACAGCCUAGGAAAGGUUGUAGCGUUACAUUUCUUAUUUGAUAUAAUGCCAAAUG